CUCCACAUAACACGUAUUGUGCGAUUUGUAAUUUGUGCCAGAAAGUGCCGUUUUCUUAGAAAUAUAUUGCUACCUAAUAGUGCGGACCGAGCUAAAUUUGCAGAGAAGAAGGCGGCUUUAAACGCCCAUUGGUGAAGAAUAAUAGUGAAGGACUAUUUUUGCAGAGGUGAAUGUAGUUUCCACUUUGUCUUUUGCAAAGAAAUCAGCAAACAUUUGAUAAUACCGGCCGUCCCUUUUGCGUUAAGGUUUGAGCGCACUGCAGCUGCAAAUUUAGCUACAAAAAAAUUACAACCAACAUUCGCACCAAUCGAACAAAUAUUAUAGCUAUUGAAAAAAAAAAUAAUUAAAAAAAAAUCAUCAAAACCAAUAAAUUUUAGGCGCAAGCUAUAAAGUAAGAACCUUAUCAUUUGUAACUGCAGCGGCGUGGGAAGUGAUCGCAUAGAAAUCUGUCAGAAAGGAAAGGAGAAAAUUAUUCAAAUACAACCACAACAACAACAGCAACAAGAUGGCCACAACUGCACGUAGCGGGGCAAAUGCCAGCGGCAGCACAGCUCAGCGUCCCAACGGUACACAGCAAAAUAAGAAUUGCCAAUUCAAAUUGGUGCUAUUGGGCGAAUCGGCGGUGGGCAAAUCAUCGCUUGUGCUACGUUUCGUCAAGGGGCAAUUCCACGAAUACCAAGAGAGUACGAUAGGCGCUGCUUUUCUAACACAAACCAUCUGCAUAGAGGAUACGGUUGUAAAGUUUGAAAUUUGGGAUACGGCCGGACAAGAACGAUAUCACAGUCUAGCUCCUAUGUACUACCGUGGUGCACAAGCCGCCAUCGUAGUGUACGACAUACAAAAUCAAGACAGUUUUCAGCGUGCAAAAACCUGGGUCAAGGAACUGCAUAAACAAGCAUCACCGAACAUCGUUAUUGCCUUGGCUGGCAAUAAAGCGGACUUAUCAAAUAUACGUGUUGUAGAAUACGAAGAAGCAAAGCAAUAUGCCGAAGAGAACGGACUACUCUUCAUGGAAACCUCGGCAAAAACGGGAAUGAAUGUGAAUGAUAUCUUCUUAGCAAUUGCUAAGAAAUUACCUAAAAACGACGGAGCACAUAAUCAAGGCGCUCCUGCUGGCAGAAGGCUGAAUGAAAAUGAAAAUACCCGACAGACAAACAAUUGCUGCAAGUGAUGUCCUUUUGUAG